ACUUUCACAUAAAUUGAACUGAAAUGAAUUCAAGUGGAGAUCAAAAUACAAAAAAAGUCUCAUAUGUUUAUAGAACUGUGUUACACAGAACGUGUUCGGCUGUCCGUAUCCAAAUUUGUCCUGCCCUAAAGUGUUGUUCAAUUUAGACCGUGUUUGGGAAAAAGUACAAAUUAAAACCCCAUAAUCCAAUCACUUGUUAAUCAAAACGAACAUUUUAACUUUCCCGCGUCUUAUUAAACCUUUCAAAACCCCUCUGAUUCCUGAAACCCCCAGCCCAACAGAGUGUUGCAGAGCCGGAGCGGGCGACAAUGGAGCAGUGGGUCCCACUCUUCGACAUCUUCUUGACUUCCCCGACCCCCGAACCCGAAGCUUCUGCGUGGCUAAACCAAUCUUUCAGCGCCUUAUAGUCAUCGGCUACCCCAAUUACCACCGGCUCCUUCCUCUCGUUGCUGAUGAAACCUCUGGACUCGAUCGUUGCCAGAGAUUCUCUUUCUUCGACUUCGGGUUAGCCUUCGAUCACAGAAAGACUCUUCCGAACAUGGUUCAGUCGCGAAUUCUGUCGUUUUUGGAUUUUGAACGUCAAGGGUUUUGCGGUCGGGACUUGGCGAGGUUGGCGAGGACUGUUUUGAGUGGAAGUCAGGAGCUUGAUUUAUGGGUUCAGUGGGCUGCACGCAAUCUGCUCGAUGGAAUGUCUGAGUCAAGUUAUGAUUGGAUUAAUUGCUUGAGUUUGGAGUCCGUGGAGGAUGCGUUUGAGUCCUUGCCUAGUUGGCUUAAGGACUCCGUGGCUUCCAGUGAUCUGGUCCUACCAUGGCUUCCUAUGUCGCCUGAGGAAUUGCAUUCGAGGACAAUGAGUGGUAAUUGUGAAAACUAUGAUGGCUCGUCGGGUCAAGUUGGAGAGGAUGAAGGCAUGUUUAUGAAUGAUGUUCCAGAGGAAAUGAAUAUUGAUGACCCAGUUAGCGUUCAUCUUGAACCUGAAAUUAAAAAAGCGGCAGUUAAUUUGAAAGCUCAGGUUGCAGAUUUUCAAUCAACUUCUAAAGCCGUAGGCUUAGCGAAUGAAAUUCGUGAACUUUGCUUCGACAAAGGAGGAGAUUCUUUGACGAUUUCGGGAUUGAUUGAACCUUGGUUAGCUGACGAUGAGAUUGCUUCAGUUGUACUUUCUCAUCUAACAAGCAGAAGCAAAGAAGAGCUUACUUGGCCAAGCCAGGUUUUGUGCUCGGUCAUCCUUCCCAAGUUGUUGGUGCUUGAGGAACCAGCUUCUCGAGUAUUAGUGACUGCAAUGGUGGAGUACCGCAAGCUUCAUCAAAGGGCCUGUGAAUAUGCACUCUUAUUUCAACUGAUUCUUUGACGGGAUGGCAUCAAUAAUCCCAUAUGUGAUGUGAUUGCGAGGAUCAUUGAUGAGUGAAUUUUAUAUUAUAUAUUUAACCCUAUUUUUAAUAUAUUUUGGAUAAUAUUUUAGAAGAAUUUUGAUACUUUGAAUUGUACUUUCAAUAUAGGACUUUCGAAUU